AUGGAAGCCGACCCAUACAGGCCUACUCGCAGCCAGAUAGAAUUCGUACGCCAGCAGCUGGGCACCAGCGAGGAGGCCCUCAAGAGUGACGUCACAGCACUGAGGGAGUGGCUACGCGACCAGCCCCACCUGCCGGCGGAUGGCAUGGAUGACGACCGACUGGAGCGCCUGCACAUAAUCUACAAGUGCAAGAUAGAACGUACAAAGAAGGCGCUGGACGCCUACUUUUCUUUGAAGAACGUCUUUCCUGAGCUGCUUCUGAACAGAGAUCCCCUUGAUAACAACAUCCGACAGAGCACCGAAACUGUGAUGUUCUACGGAAUCCCUCAGCUGACGCCCGAUGGAUUCCGCGUAACAACGAUCGUGUUCAUGCCGCCAACAAAGGAGAUCGACGUCGCGGCUAUCUGCAAGCACGUGAUCAUCGCCACAGAAACUAUGCUGGCACUUGACUACGCUCUUGGCAAUAUUCUCAUCGUCGAUCUGAAGCACUUGGCCAUGUCCCACAUUCUGGCAUUUGGGAGCAGUCUAGCUCGAAAAACUGUUUCUAUUUAUACGAUACUCAUUCACCGCGCUGGAAAAGACACGUUGUUCGACCACGUGUCCCGGGAAUUUGUACCGGACGAGCUUGGAGGCACUGCCGGGACCAGCGAGGAGUUGUUUGAGCUGAGUUUGGCGACAAUGGCCGGCAUCAGGGAGUGGCUGGUCCGCCAGGACGAGAUGGUGUCGGACGAGAGCAGGCGGCCUCGCAGACAGCCCGGGUUCUCGCUGCUCAGGAAGCUCGACGUCGACUGA